AUGAUUCUGAUUGAAAAUAAGAACAUUUAUGAUGGAUUCCAUGUUCUCCAGGAUCCUUUCGCAGCGCGUUUUGUGCCUUUUCCUCCUACGGAUGAGAGAAGGAUCUACAGCAAAGUUCAUGCCAUUUGCCCGGACGGUCAGCACAGAGCGAUUCUCUUGAGCUUGCCAUGUGGAUGCAAGCCGGCGGCCGAGAGUGGCGAGAGUGGCCAGAGCCGCGAACUUCUCGCACGAAGCUCACAGCUGUCUCAGCAGCUCUCCUUCAAGUGCAGCCUCUUGCGACGGAGCAUCGAGCGCGGACGUCUCUUCGGAGGUGGUCGCAAGGCUGUGGAGGAGGCCUUCACUGCGAUUUUGGAUUCUCCAGAACCGUCUGCGACAGCUUCCGCUCUACGCUGUCUGACGCUGGUCAGCAUGGAAGCCGUGAGGCUUUGGAAGGCUCGACCGGAACAUGUGAGCUUCGGCAGCCUGGCCAUGCUCGCCAUCUUGGCCAGUAGCGUACCCUCUUGGCGACCGCCUUUGGCUCUGCGUGAAGCGCUGCUACGCACUGUUGCUGCAGUACAGGCAGCGGAUCAACCAGAGUCUUGCAUGCCUUGGCGAAAUUGGCGGAAGCCAGAGAUUGGAGGCGACGACGGUGGUUUGGAAUUUCAGAACGACGACUUGUCGCAGCUUCGCAAUGCCUUGAGGCACUUGACAAGAGGCUUCCUGGGAUGCCUGGCAGCUGAAGAGGCCGACAUGGUCGGGCGUUACACUGACGUCAUGGUAAAUCGUGGCGGCUUGCCGCUCUAUCACCUUCCACUUCCUCGGCCAGAGAUGGAGGAGACGUUACCUUCUGACUACCGAAGUGCUGCUGUCGACUGUAGUGUCCUUCCACAGCUGCCACUUCACUUCCAAGCUGCGUUGACCAAGCCACCACUGUGUGAAAGCACGAAUUUGAAGGACCUGCAUCUUCGCAACCUGCGCUUCUUCAUAGAGCAGACCCAGUUCAACAUCCGCCAGCAAAAAGACAUCAAACGAAGAGGCGGUUACAUCGAAGCAGGGGACAUGGAACGUAUCGUCAACUACAUGGACGAGGAGCAUUUCGCCCAGGGCAGAGACCUUGCAGAGGCGAGAGCGCUGCCAGAGGAUUCACGCUUGCGCGAAGUGAAUUCUGAGGGCUUCACCAGCGAAGAAGAGUGUCACUUGCAAUCGGAACGUUGCCGCAGUCUCCAAGAGACUUUGAAGUCGCUGCAGAAGCAAACGCUGCAAAGGUCUUUGCAACGGGCAGCGCUGAAGCCUAGGCAAGAUGAUUCAGUACCGCUGGAGGGCGCAACGUGUGUCGAAUCGAUUGACCCCAGUGCCCGGUUGGAUGCGUUUCUUAGCUGCUUCGGUGGGUCAGUGGAAGUCAAGAUACCAGGGAAGGAUGUGCGCGGACAUUUGCGGGUGACUUGUGCUCGGAAAGACACGCCAAAGAGGCCUUUGCUGAUUCAGAAGGCACAGAAGGUUUCAGCAACAGGAGACAGAGAUGGAGCCUUCCAAGAAGUCCUUGACACAACUCUUCGCGAGGCCGCCACUAAGGAAUUCUGCAAAUCAUUUGGGAAAGGAGCCUUGCCACGUCCACCACAAGGUUACGUUUGGAAUGUGCCUGGACCAGAUGGACCAGGAGUACUUCGAGUUGAGCAAGAUGACGGUGAUCAGCUUCGAUUUUUCGUUGGUGAAGUAGAGUUACAACCCUUCGAUGCCGGCCCAAUCUUGUGGAAGUGCAUUCCGCAGCCCCAACUUUGCAGCAAAGCAGAUGAAGACCCCAAGGAGCGCAAAGUGGUGCAGAAGGCCCUCUACCUGCAACCCGCUCAGCAAGUGGAUUUGCUGCAAGAGCUGCAAGGCAGGUCUCAACGGACUGCUGGUGUCCUUUCGUGGCUUGAGGAUGCCAAGAAGAGCGGCAUCGCUGCUUGCAUAUGGCAAGAGGCCUAUGCUAGACUGGUCCUGGAAGAGGAACACGAAGGUCAUCCAUGUUUGACGCUAUCGGCAAGUCAUCCUUAUGCAGGUACACUGUACCGCAUCGUGCUUCUCCUCGCAUUCCUUUAUCCCUCAGUGCUGGUCCCAACUCGCUCUGAACUGGCCUUUCGAAUCUUCCGGGAGAGCAAGGUUCAAGGUUGCUUGCACCAACACUUGAAGAAUGCUUUGAAAAUAUUGGCCUUCAACCAGCAGUCUUCUGUGCGAGCGGGGGCUUUUCAGGGGAAGGUGAUCACACCGCUCUUCACCUAUCAGACAGAAGCAGUACAAAGAUUGUUGCAGUCCCGGCACAAUGGAGCGGCUGGAUCAUUGGAUGCCUCGUCUCUGGGUGCUGGCAAGACGUUGGUAGCCAUUAGCUUUUGCAUGUUCCUUGCAGCUCAACACUCGGGUGGCGAGUUCUUGGUCCUGGUUCCAUCCAGCUCGUUGAUGGAUGGGUGGCGCCAGCAGAUCGAGCAACACACUGAAGGAGUUAGAGUGCAAAUGCAGCAGGAGAAUGGUGUCCUGCGAGAAGGGGUGCAGCGAAAGUCACCGAACCAGACUUCACCACUUCGCCGAAAGCGCCCGGCCACCGCCACGUGGCAGCCAUAGGGUUAUAUAGGGUUUACUCGCAGCGUUCGCAUCACAAAUCAUGACGUGGAAUGACUGUCCUGAUAACAUCGCUUCUUA